AUUUCAACCUUCUCAAAAGAAAAGAAAACACCAGCAUCCCUGCCCUCGCUUAAUCCUCCAACCACUCAGACUGCUGACCGCAACUUCCAGUAUCAGAUAAGAUAACGCUGUCUGGGCUGGGCAGGAACCUUCAUCUGGAAUUUAGACUUUGUCCUUUUAAAUUUGGAUCUACAUCGAUACCGUGUCGCCGUCAAGAUCCAGAUGAUACAAUAGCAUCAACCGCGAUGGAUUUCACAACCAGUCUUUUCUACCCUGAAGGACGGCGGCGACACGGUUCAUGUGAUCAAUCGAAACCCCCAGCCACGAAGAGCCGCGUCUUCCGGAGAGCGCCAUGGCAAUUUUGGGCGAUUGUCUGUCUGUUGAUCAUAGGAAGUCUCAUAUUGACUCUUGCGGUGGGCUCGUUCCUUGGAAUGGAAUUUGGAGCUGCUCUGUGUCAUUUACGUGGGUUGUGGACCGGGUUCAGAGAGGUGAAAUCCGGGGUAGCGGGGUGGAGAUGGGGAGAGAUUCAGCCUUCGAAGGACAUAGUAUGGUAUCCAUGCUAUAGCAAGUUUGAUUGUGCUAGACUAGAAGUCCCCCUCGAUUGGCUGGAUCCAUCUGAUCCUAGACGAGCAACAAUCGCGAUUGUCAGACUCAAUGCGACUGAGAGAGCAAACUACAAGGGCCCUGUGUUCAUCAAUCCAGGGGGGCCAGGUGGAAGUGGAGCUUGGUUCGUCAAGCGACUGGGACCAUACUACCAGUAUGUCGUAGGAAGAAAUCAUGACAUAAUUAGCUUUGAUCCUCGCGGAGUAGGAGCUACAACUCCCCAUCUUAGCUGCUGGAACGCCUCAACAUCCAGAACCUCAUCCCUUCUCUGGGACCUUCAAGAGCCACCAGUCCUUGAUGCACAUCCUGGCACAAUCUAUGAUAGCUAUGCCCACGCCACAGCAUUAUCUGAACAAUGUACAACUCAGCUCGGAGACACAGCUCGGUUCGUCAGCACUCCAUCCGCAGCAAGAGACAUGCUGCACAUAAUGGAAAAGCUCGGCGAAUCUAAACUCAAGUACUGGGGCUUCAGCUACGGCACAUUCCUGGGUACGACGUUCGCAAGUCUCUUUCCUGAUAAAGUUGGACGGAUGGUAAAUGACGGGAAUGUUGAUGCGAGAGAUCUUGUCUCGGGAGCUCCGACGCACUUUCUGCAGGAUACGGAUAAAGUCAUGGAUUCGUUCUACCGGUUUUGUCACCUUGCUGGGCCGAAAUGGUGCGCUUUCUAUGCUUCAAGUCCGGAAGCGAUCGAGACUCGAUUGGAGUCUCUGCUGGAAAAUAUCAAAAAACAUCCUGUUAUCGUCUCAGCAUCAGCUUCCUCGAAUCUUCGACCUGAGAUCGUGACAUACUCGAAAGUCAAACGCUUGAUCACAUCUGCACUUUACCGACCACUGGUGAUGUUCCCUUCGCUUGCGGAGUCACUUGCUGCUCUUGAAUCCGGAGACGGUCGACCAUUCAUCAGACUCACAUCUCAAGGCGGUGAACAGCUGCCGGUGUGCGAGAGCCAUCAAGAUAAUCCAACCAACCCAAGGAAUCCCACCCCAGAAGUCCCAGAAGCUGAGGGCUCAGCUGACGCAAGAAAAGCAAUCAUUUGCUCUGACGGACUUAGUGUAGCGGAUAAUGUUGAAGGGUUCGAGACUUACGCGAAAAAGUUGCUGGAUGUGAGUAGGAGUGCGGGUUCUUCGAUGGCAAGCCUGGUUAUGGGGUGUGUGGGAUGGAAGAUCAAGGCGAAAUGGCAGUUCACAGGUCCCUUUGAAGGCAACACUUCACAUCCGAUUCUAUUCAUAGCCAAUAUAGCGGACAACGUCACGCCACUUCGUAGCGCGAUCGCAAAUGCAGAGGGAUUUCCUGGCUCUGUGGUCAUGAUUCAAGAUUCUUACGGUCACACCACACUGUCCUGUCCCUCCCGCUGCACAGCACGUACCAUCCGAGCAUACUUUCAGAACGGUACCCUCCCACCAAACGGAACCAUCUGUCCUGCAGACAUGGUUCCUUUCGAGCCCUGGGAGCUAGACUCAACUUCAGCUGAAGUGUCAUUGAUCCUGGGAGUGACGACGAGAAGUUCGAUUUUGCGCUGAAGGAGCUGAUGAUGCAUUGAUGGCUCCCGUGCUUGGGUUUUGAGAGCUGUUCUAAAGCGGGAGAAUUAGUCGUUCAUUAGAAGUUCUCUUUGGUUAGAUCCAUGGCUAUGGCUAGAGAUCGUGAUGGGGCGUUUUGGAAUAUUGGAUGAGAUGGGUGACUUGAUGCUUUGCGACGAUGCUCUUCGAUUCUCUUCUACUCGGUGUUAGUACUUCCCAUCAUUUAGGUUCAUUGCUUGCAAUUAGACCAUUAGAUUUAAUCUGUUGGAUUUUUCAUAAAAUCACGAAGAUGAGGUCGAAGUGAAUGGUUCUUUGCUCGAGUUGAAGUAUUUGCUCUGUCAAGCAGACAAUAUAGCUGAUGCUACAUAUGCUUCCAUCUUUCUGGUCAUAUCUCUAUGAAAAUGCAACCAAUACAGCAAUUCCCACCUUCUGUACUUUAUCACUUCCUCCUUUUCUACUGUCCUUGAUGCCACCAUUUAGCAUCAAUCCUCAAAAUAGCCAAAGCAACUCCACAACACGAUCAACAUUUCCCACGACCCUCUCCACAUUCUCCCCACUAUUCACACGCUCGACAUAAAUCUGCCUGACACCCACUCCAUCAACUACACUCGCCUCCACCAACCUCGCACUGCUCUUAUCUCCCUUUUCCAUCGGCUCUCUCAAAGGCCCCCCAUGAUGCACAAAAUUCCACGCCUCCCCAUCCCACGUCUUCUCAAUCUCUUCCAAUCUUACUCCACCCUCUUUGAUACCCUUGGUAUACUCCACCACUGAAAAGCCAUUACUCAGCACGAAAUCAUCCUCAAACGCCCAUCGCUGAAACACGCAUUCGAAACCACAGGCUUUUGACACGUUACUAGCAAGUGGGACAUCAACAUCGUACCAAGACCUCCAGUGAUGAAUUGUCAGCAUGCGUCUGCCACUUUCGAAAUAUCCCGAUGCAUCUCCUUUGAUGUCCAUUUGGUUAAGCUCGUAAUCGAAUGUAGGCCGAACGGAGGAGUGAGCGUUCAAACACUCGUUGACAGCUUGAUCACCUUGGUCAUUCGGGAUAUUGAGGCAAGCUUCCCAGAUCUCUG